UUUGACAGACGUAUGUAUAGCAUGCAUCCGGCAAUUUUAUGCCGUCUUUAGUGCUUAUAACUUGUGAUUUAUUUUUGCCUGCUUGAUGGUUUAAUAGGUGGUUCUUUUUUGCAGAAAAUGCCAGAAGGAUGCUCUUAGAAAACAAAACAUUUGCUUGUUCUACAGCAAACAUCCGCAUGGAAAAUGCGGAAAAGAAGAAAGCCGUACUGGCGGCUAAAGGCCAGGAUGGAAGAAAGGGAGCUCCUAGAUCCCUUUCCAAGUUGAUCAGACAAAGGCCGGGUGACGAGGUCACCAGUUCCAACAAAUCUAGAAAAUCUUCUGCUCAAACGGCUUCCAGGCUUCCGCUUGUCAAAAGCCGUCUGACCGUUGGGGGAAAAAGUAUCAGAAAUGUCAGUCUGGGAAUUGACCUUUCUUUCCAGCUGGGUGCCUCUGAGGUACCGAAGGGUGGCCAGCCACCCAAAGCUGCAAGUGGUUCUGCAGUGACUGUAGGGGAUUCAAACCCUCAGCCUUAUCCCCAAGGUAAUGUUGACCCCUUCAACUCUCCCUUUGAGUUGGGUUGGCCCAUGCGGGUCAAGUCACAUUCCCAACUUCAAUCAGAAGGAUCUUCGGGCAGUCGACGAUUUGUUGGUGGCGCAUAUGUAGCUUUCUCACCAUAUCUAACUUCUGGUGCAGAUUAA